ACUACAACCUGGAACAGCUGAAACUAAAGUGUCACUUUACUUUUCUAGAUUUGAGCAUUUCAGUGGCAAAACCUAAAGGAAAGGAAGCGGUGAAGGAAGGCGACUCAGUGAAUAUGACCUGCGUAAACAGCUGUGAUGGUGGUAACAUUUCAUCUGUGUUCACUUGGUUUAAAGAUGGAGAAUCCAUAAAUGAAGGACCAGUGCUAUAUUUGACAAAUAUUUCCUCCACAAACUCUGGAAACUAUAUGUGUUCUCUCAAAGUACACAGAGGAGCAACUUCAAGAGUCAUACAUAUUGAUGUUGAGGGUGGCCCAAAGAACACAUCAGUGUUCAUCAGACCAUCAGUGGAGGGAGAUGACAGCAGCAACCUCAUCUUGACAUGCAGCAGUCAUGCAAAUCCCCCGGUGGAGAAUUAUACCUGGUUUAAAAUAGUUGGAGAUGAUGUUCUGGAUGUUGGACAUCAGCCUGUGCUGUUCCCUGGUGAUGGUGGCUGUUAUUUCUGCUGUGCCACCAACAAACAUGGAAGCCAAAACUCCUCUGCUGUUAUUUUAAAUAUUAAACCAUAUUGGGCAACACUUCCCAGAGCCAUACUUGUAAUUGCUGCUGUUGCUGUGCUUCUGAUUGCAACCACUGUUAUUGCUGCUAGAAGAUGCAGCAAAAAGAGAAUGAGGACACCAAAGGGAGAUUGUGAGGAAGACAUAAAGAAUACAGACUAUGUCAAUUGGCUCGAAUGUGACCAGUCACAAGACACUGACCACUGUGAGAGGGUUCCAGCUGAAAUCAUUUACACAACUGUUUACUACCACAACAGAGAAUCAAACAUGGAGGAGCAGGACUCCCAGAAAGAAGUUGUGAUUUACAGCACAGUGUGCAGGGAGCAACAGUUGAACCCUUCAUGUAUUGAACCUUCUUAAUUUGACAAACACAGGUUUGCAGUAAAAUGUGUGCAAAUACUUUUGUAUAUUUUCUUUUCUGUUUUACAGAUCUGCAAUAUGUGCAUUUUCUCCUAAACACGACUGUUAGUAGCUUGUAAUACUUGACACAGUGAUAAGUCAAGAUUAA